AUGUCAGGACGAGGAAAAGGAGGAAAAGGUUUGGGAAAGGGAGGAGCAAAGAGACAUAGAAAAAUAUUAAGAGAUAAUAUUCAAGGAAUAACAAAACCAGCUAUAAGACGUUUAGCAAGAAGAGGUGGUGUUAAACGUAUCUCUGGUUUGAUAUAUGAAGAAAUUAGAGGUGUAUUAAAAGUUUUCUUAGAAAAUGUAAUUAAAGAUUCUAUUAUGUAUACAGAACAUGCUAAAAGAAAAACAGUCACAGCUAUGGAUAUUGUUUAUUCAUUAAAAAGACAAGGAAGAACUUUAUAUGGUUUUGGUGGUUAA